AUGUUCCUUAUGGUAAGUGGAUUCAUAAAUUAUAGUCAACAAACAGUCCGAGCUGCAAGGUACAUUGGUCAGGGUUUCACGAUUACCCUAUCUCACGCAAAUAGGUUACCCGUAACUAUUCAAUAUCCUUAUGAAAAAAUAAUCUCAUCAGAACGUUUCCGCGGUCGAAUACAUUUUGAAUUUGAUAAAUGCAUUGCUUGUGAAGUAUGUGUUCGUGUAUGUCCCAUCGAUCUACCUGUUGUUGAUUGGAAACUAGAAACUGAUAUUCGAAAGAAACAGUUGCUUAAUUAUAGUAUUGAUUUCGGAAUCUGUAUAUUUUGUGGUAACUGUAUUGAAUAUUGUCCAACAAAUUGUUUAUCAAUGACCGAAGAAUAUGAACUUUCAACUUAUGAUCGCCACGAAUUAAAUUAUAAUCAAAUUGCUUUGGGCCGUUUACCAGUGUCAGUAAUUGAUGAUUAUACAAUUAGAACAAUUCAAAUAAAAUUCAAUUAA